AUGAUUACAUUUUUACUAUCUUUAUAUUUCCCUGAACCGGAUGACAAAAGUGAUCCAUAUGUUGAAGUAAAACUUGGAGGAUUUUUUUUUAGAACAAAAACUAUUGAUAAUAAUUUAAAUCUUAAAUGGAAUGAAGAAUUUGAGGCUGUUGUUGAUCAAUCAUCAUUACAAACUGUUAGAUUUGAAGUUUUUGAUGAAGAUAGAACAGGUAGUGAUGAAGAAUUAGGUAGACUUUCUGUAUCAACUCAAAAAAUUAAAGAUGAAAAGUCAAUUGAUAAAUGGUAUUAUCUUGAAGGAUGUAAACAUGGUGAUAUUCGUGUUGCAUUUGAAUGGUUAACAUUAAGGAGUGAUCCUUUAUAUCUUAAAAAACCAAUAUAUAUAAAAGAUAGUAAAUUAUAUGGUCGUAGUAUUAAUAGUCCAAAAGAUGAUGAAGUUAGAUGUUUAUUAAUGAUAUUUAUAGAUAAUGUUAAUAGUUUACCUUAUCCUAAAGCUAAUUUAGAACCUUCACCUUUUAUAAAAAUUCAGAUAGGUAAACAGAUUCAAAAUACACAAGUUAAAUUAAAUACUAUUAAUCCUCUUUACCAAAGUAAAUUUAGUUUUUUUGUUGAUGGACCUCAAGAAAAAACAUUAAAUUUUACCGCAAUUGAUGAUGGCACAAAACGAACUUUAGGUGAACUUGAUGUUUCACUAAGUUGUGUUAUAAAGGAACCUAAUAUGGAAUACUUUCAACAAACAUUUUAUCUAUCUCAAGGUGUUACACAAAGUGCGAUUGUUUUAACGAUCAGACUUCGAGCACUGGAACCAUCAAAUUUGUCAGAUAAUAAUGAAUUAAAGAUAAAAAAUAGAGGAGAGUUUUAUGGUUCUGGUCAACAUAUUGAAAGAGCAGAUAAAAAUGAUCUUGGAAAAUUUAUUGUAGAAAAAAAUUCAGGAGCAACAACGACAGUUUUAAGUACAGACAAGGUAGAAACUCUUCAAAGAGAAAAUGGUGAAAUAUUUUUUGGAACUCCUUCAAUUUCUGUUGAAACUAAAAAUACAAGUGGUACUAAUAAUUUGUCACCAACAAAAUCUUUAGAAUCUCCAAGCUCAAUUACUUCCAUGAUUUCAGAAUCAGGUAGUAAUGUUAGUAGACGAAAAGGUAUAAUGAGUAAAUUAACAACAAAAAAACAUGACAUGGCAAAAGGAUCAUUAAAUACUUCUUUUCUUGAACAUGGUGAUCCUCAACUUGCUAUAUCAUUACGUUUUGAUAAAAAAAAGUUUUCUCUACAACUAGAAAUUGUUGCUGCAAAAGAUUUAAUUCCUGUAGAAAAAAAUGGUCAUAUUAAAUCAUAUGUUAAUGUAAAAUUAUUUGAAAUUGGUAAAGAAGGACCUGUUUCUAAACAAUCGACAAUCGCAGUUGAAGACACCUACAAUCCUGAAUAUAACGGGUUAUUUCAAUUUUCUAUUGUUCCAGAGCAUCUCAAAAAUUAUGUCUUUAGAUUUGAAAUAAAAGAUUCCACGAAUUAUGGAAUUUUUAAAAAACCUCCACUAUUAGGAUGGAUAGAUUAUAAAUUAAAUGAUUUUAGAAUUGAUGAAGAAUUGAUAUCUUAUUGGAUGAUAUUAAAAAGAGAUGGUGACUUAAGAUAA